AUGCAGAUCGGCUGGUGGGGUGCCUUUGGUGGUCCCGUCCAGAAGGGUAUCAAGUCGUACGCUGUCUCUCCGUUCCAGCAGAACCCCUUCGCCGGUGUCUUCCAGGGUUACAUGUUUAAUGGUUUCCGCCGUGCCGUGAAGCACCUGCCAUACUCGGGUAUUCCUUUUGCUCUGGGCUACUUGAUCUACACGUGGGGUAACAAGGAGAGUGCCUACGUGAACUCUAAGGCAGGCCACCUUGCUCACGGUGGUGAGCACUAA